AUGGCCCUCCUGUCAGACGGCAUAUUUCCGUGCCGUGGUGUCGGGUGCAAAAGCGGUACUUAUAUCGGCUGAACUUGAGGUUUCCGAGCGGAGCGGACUGACAGCGCGUACGGACCGAGUCAAGACUGUUGCCGUGAGUUUCUGUGGAGCGAGUCGUACAAAGAUUUCCCAUCAUGCCUUUCAAGGCCCCGCAGGCGCCAAAAUGCCCGAAAUGCGGCAAGUCGGUUUACCAGGCGGAGGAGCGUCUGGCGGCAGGAAAGAGCUUCCACAACACCUGCUUCAAGUGUGGCUUGUGCAACAAGAUGUUGGACUCUACCACUGUGGCGGAGAGGGAGGACAGCCUCUACUGUAAAACUUGUUACGGGAAGAAGUUCGGCCCCAAGGGCGUGGGCUUCGGCCAGGGCGCAGGCGCACUCGGGAUGGACUCGGGCGAGAGGUUCGGCAACAAGCCCACCGAAAGCACGGCUCCCAUGACCGGUGCCGCCUACCUGAACGUCGGGAAGUCCUCCGAGUCUGCCAAACCCUCCAAAUAUGGCAGCACGGCCGAGAAGUGUCCGCGCUGCGGGGGGUCCGUCUACCCUGCCGAGAAGGUCAUCGGUGCAGGCCACUCCUGGCACAAGGUGUGCUUCAAGUGUUCCGCGUGCAACAAGGCGCUGGACUCUACCAAUGUGUGCGACAGGGAGGGGGAGAUCUACUGCAAAGCUUGCUACGCCCGUGGGUUCGGGCCCAGCGGCCUGAGGGCCGGGCAGGGGGCCGGGGUGCGCACCGAGACCAAGGCGCCCUCCACCUCCGUCUUCUGAACCUGCAGCUCAUUGGCCGACACCGACAUGACGCAAGGCCACGCAAAGACGCUAUUGGACAGCGUCAGGAAACCGUUAGCCAAUGAAAUAGGUUGACUAGAUAUUGGAUGCUGUCUUGGGCAAUGAAAUAGUCAGGGCCGGUUGGUUGCCGCUUCCUCGCGCGGCUAUUGGCCACCUUAUAUAUAUAGAGAGAAGAGAGUUAUUAUUGCACUGUUAGCUAUUAUUGUACUGUAAGCUAUUGUUAUACUGUAUUGUUGCAACUGUAGAGGUACUCAGAUAACGAGUAUACGUAUUUUUAUGGAAAAGAUAUACGAGUAAAGUAAAGAUUGUAAGCGUUUUUAUUAAAUGAUGGAGAAACGUGGCGGUUCGGCUCGAGUACGUGUAAGGGGUAGCGGUGGAGCUUUCUUCUUCGCUUCAAAAAAAGGCAGCAGUUAGUUCGCAAUCAUCAACGAUAUAAGAACUCAUGUUUUGGAUAGGUUAACGUUACUUUGUGGAAUGAGCUUGUCUCAAGUAUCAAGACACAUCCUGAAUGACAUAUCUUUAAGGCGUUGCUGGAAUAUGACGUUGCUUCGCACACAGAACA